AUGGGUAAUGUAGCUACAUAUGAGUUUUCGACUCGUAAUGAUAUUCCACCACAGUCACAACCACAAUUAGAGUCACAGCCACAACUAGAGCCACAACCACUAACCAUUUUAAAUGAAGUAGAAGUUGCUGGUCCUUUAGUUUGUAUCGACAAGACUGAGUUUGGAUCAUCUCAUGGAUCUACCUUCAGUGACGGAUCUAGUUUAGAAGUUGGUCAGUACUUUACAAGUAAGAAUGAUUUGAAGGAAAAGCUGCAUUUAAUAGCUUUGAAGGGGAAGUUUGAGUUUCGAACAACAAAAUCAAAUAAAGAUAUGUUUGUAGUAGAGUGUGUGGAUCCGAAAUGUGUGUGGCAUAUCCGAGCCUGCAAACUGAGACUAUCGAACAUGUUUGUAAUCCACAAGUAUAAUGGUGUUCACUCUUGCUCGUUAGAAAAGCGUUCAGCGAAGCACAGGCAAGCAACGUACUCCGUUAUUGGAAGUUGCGUGAAAAACCAAUUUAUAGGCAUCAAACAGGGUCUGGUUCCUAAAUCAAUUCAGAAAUAUGCCCAUGACGAAUUCGGGACGGACUUCCGUUAUUACAAAGGAUGGAAGGCUCGUGAGCAUGCACUUCAACUCAUAAGAGCAUAUGGACCUUGUAUACGAGGUUUUGGUUGCAUGAGGAAAGUUAUCAGUGUUGAUGGAACGUGGUUGAAGGAAAAAUUCAGAGACUCAGAGAAUGAUGCAUCCUGGACAUGGUUCUUCUCGAACUUGAAGGAAUUUAUCAUUGAUUCUGAGGAAUUAGUUUUUAUUUCUGAUAGGAAUCAAAGUAUAAGUAAUGCAUUGUCUACAGUUUAUAUAUUAGCACAUCACAGUUGUUGCACAUGGCAUGUGUCUCAAAACAUCAAGAGUAAUUUCAGAUGUAGCGGUGUUCUGCCAUUGUUCUUUAAAACCGCUGAGGCCUACCGCAUUGACGAGUUUUCUGUCUUGUUUGAUGAGUUGUCUGCAAGAUAUCCCAGUAUUGCUAGAUACCUACAGGAGCAAGUUCGUUUUGAAAUGUGGUCUCGUGCUCAUUUUAAAGGAAAUCGAUAUAAUAUUAUGACCACAAACAUGUCUGAGUCAGUUAAUGCAAUGCUCAAAGAUGUUCGAGAUUACCCUAUCAUUGCCCUCUUUAAUUUUAUACAAGCGAAGAUGUCAGAGUGGUUUAAUAACAGGUGGGUCGAAGCUUCUAAAACUAAAACAUUAUUAACACCAAGUGUGGAAAAAACUCUUCGUGAGAGGCACAACAAAGCGGGAUUUCUAACGGCCACAAGACUUAAUACUGUUGAGUUCCAAGUGACAGGUGGAUAG